UCAUAGAUGCUUGCUCCAAUCUACUCUCAUUCGCAUUUGUUCCAUAGCAAUCGACUCCUUGUUUAGCCGGCAAUGGAAAAAGUGAGAAAUCAAAAAGUGGUAUUAAAGGAUUAUAUUAAUGGCUUCCCAAAGGAAUCAGACUUGCUCCUUGAAUCUUCCGGCACUGUCGACCUCAAGCUCCCGCAAGGUUCUAAUGGUGUACUGGUCAAAAACCUUUAUCUCUCCUGUGACCCUUGCAUGCUUUGUCAGAUGGGCAAAACUCAAAGCAGAUAUUUUCAAUCCUACACUCCUGGUUCGCCCAUUAUAGGGUAUGGCCGAGUGGCUAGAGUAGUGGAUUCUGCAAAUUCAAAUUUUAAGGAAGGUGAACUAGUAUGGGCCGGUGUAGCUGAAUGGGAGGAGUACAGCAUUAUCACAGCUCCUGAGACUCUAUUCAAGAUUCAAAAUACGGAUGUGCCUCUAUCUUAUUAUGCAGGAAUUCUUGGUCUAACUGGAUUGACAGCAUAUGUUGGUUUCUAUGAACUUUGUGCUCCAAAGAAAGGAGAGUAUGUCUUUGUUUCAGCAGCUUCGGGGGCAGUUGGUCAGCUUGUUGGGCAGUUUGCAAAGCAGUCAGGAUGCUAUGUCGUCGGAAGUGCUGGAACCAAAGAAAAGAUUGAGCUGCUGAAGAACAAAUUCGGAUUUGACGAAGCUUUUAACUACAAAGAAGAGAAAGAUCUGGAUGCAACGUUGCAGAGGUACUUUCCUAACGGCAUUGAUAUUUACUUUGACAACGUUGGUGGAAAGAUGUUAGAAGCAGCCAUCUUUAAUAUGAAUUUAAAUGGUCGGAUUGCAUGUUCCGGGAUGGUUUCACAGUAUAGCCUGGAGCAGGGGGAUGGUGUGCGGAACCUGUUAUGCUUGGUAACAAAACGGCUCCGGAUGCAAGGCUUCAUCACUGGCGAUCACUUUGACCUAUAUCCGAAGUAUAUUGAAAUGGUUAUACCCCUUAUACAACAAGGGAAGAUAUGUUACGUAGAAGACAUUGUAGAGGGGCUUGAAAGCGCACCAGCUGCUUUAAUGAGGCUAUUUUCCGGAAGAAAUGUCGGCAAGCAAGUGGUGGUCGUCGCUCGUGCAUGACUCGAUACGCAUACACAUGAUGGCUGAACAACUCUGUAUUUAAUCUGGUCCACAAGGAUUUGAUUAAGCGAAAUAAAUGUGUGCGAGUAGUUAAUCAACAAUAAAACUCCUCGAGAGUAUGGGUCAUCUUUAAUUAUGUCGGUGAACUAGUUUGUAACCAAAAACAAGUCAAUUAGUAUCUGUUAUUUUGUUCCUAAGUGAUCUAGAUCAUUCACUAUUUAACUUCGUAUCUAUAAUCUAAGUCAUUUGA